AUGCAAUUGUGUAGUGGUCGAGUUACUGCGUCUAGUGCUAGUACCCUUGCCAUGGACCCUUCCCACAUUGAAGCUAUCACCCGACAGUUAGCACAAUUACAAAAUCAAUUAACGGUUGUCCAAACUGAGUUAGCCGCUACUCGUGAGGAGAAUAGAGCCCUAACCAUUAGGGUAAACACUCUUGACCCAACCCAAUACUCAACUGAAGCUGAAAAUUCUGACGCUUCCAUUAAUAGACCUCAUCGUCAUCCACAAAGUGGUCGAUACCAUGCUAGACAUGAUCGUAGGGAGGGAAAUCAAGCUCGUGGACGCGAGCGAGAAUAUCACCGUCAUGGUACACUAUCUCCCCCUCGCCACGAGGAGCGCCUCUUUCGAAAUAUUAAGUUAGAUGCCCCUACUUUUGAUGGUUGUCUAGAUCCUAGUGUAUUCAAUCAAUGGGUUAGAGAUACGGAUCGCUUCUUUGCCUGGUAUGGGGUCCCUGAAGAUUGGAGGGUACAAUUUGCCAGUUUGAAAUUAACUGGCACAGCUCAACUGUUUUGGAAAAGUGUUGAGGACCUCCUAGAGAGGCGUCAUGCUCCCCCUAUUGGAAACUGGGAUGAAAUGAAGCGCCGCCUUGAAGAAAAAUAUUUACCUCAAUCUUAUAGGGGCAACUUGUUGGAUCAAUGGAACGUACUUACGCAAGGCAGUCGACCUGUAAUCGAAUAUGUUGCUCAGUUUGACGAGUUUCGAAUGAGAUGUCAGGUCGUUGAGCAUGAAGCCAUGAACUUGAGUAGGUUUAGGCAAGGCCUACGGAAUGAUCUUAGACGUGAGCUUGUUUUUAGAGGUGUCACCACUCUUAACCACGCCUAUUCUUUUGUUCGGGAUUACGAGUUAGUGACUAGGACACCGUACAGAAGUCGACCUCCUCCUUCUAAUACUACCCCUACAUCGGAUAGUAAAGGUAGAGGUUCUGAGGUUUCAAGAACGUCGUCUCCUUUGCAAUGCUUCAACUGUAAGGGUUUUGGUCACAUUGCUUCUAAGUGUCCUAGCAGAGCCCUAGUUUUGGAAGAGCGUGAAGGUAUAGUUGACGAGCCACUAGAGGAUCAGGUUUAUGAGCCUAAGUUAGAAGAGUUUGAUGACUUGGAGGAUAGUGAAGAUACCUUCUUGGAUUGUAUCCAGGCUAGUCCCCUUAUCCCACAUAUGCCUAGAGUCGGUGUCGUCCAUUGUACUCUUACCCAGCCUAGGGAUGCCGAUGAUUGGCAUCCUCAUGCCAUCUUCCACACUUGCAUCAAGAUUAAUAAUAAGGGCUAUAAAGCUAUCGUGGAUAGUGGCAGCUGCAUUAAUGCAGUUUCAAUGGCUACUGUAUCCCGUCUAGGGUUGAAGUCUGUUCCUCACCCUCAGCCAUACAGCGUCUCUUGGGUUGAUAUCUCCUCCAUAGCUGUCAAGGAGCGUUGUUUAGUCCAUAUCCAGUUUCUCGAGUAUAAGGACCAUAUAAUGUGUGACGUCAUUUCAAUGGAUGUCGGGCACAUCAUCUUGGGACGACCUUGGUUAUUUGACCUAGAUGUAACCAUCUAUGGUCAAUCCAAUUCCUGCUCCUUAGUGUUUAAUGGAAAGAAGACUCGCCUUAACCCACUGCCUCCGAAGCCUAUUGGCCCACUGGAAACGAAGAAAAGUGUGGAACGGAAGGGAUUGCACAUCAUUAGUCCUAUGGAAUUUGAGCGUACACUUGUUGGCGACUCAGUUGUGUUCACUUUGGUGGUCAUGGAGGUCCCAUCACACUCCACAAUAGAGAGCCCUGUUGAAGUCCUGUCGGUCCUCCAAGAGUUUCGAGACGUCUUUCCGGAGGACCUACCUGAUCAUCUACCUCCACUAAGGGAUAUUCAACAUGCCAUAGAUUUCGUCCCAGGGGCAUCCCUCCCAAAUUUGCCUUAUUAUAGGCAAGUGGAUGACCUCCUUCACAAAGGAUUCAUUCGUGAGAGUUUAAGCCCGUGUGCUGUCCCCGCCCUAUUGACGCCCAAGAAGGAUGGUUCUUGGAGGAUGUGUAUGGAUAGUCGCGCGUUCAAUAGGAUUACGGGGAAGUAUCAUUUUCCCAUUCCUAGACUUGACGAUAUGUUAGACAUGAUGGUUGAUGCCACGAUCUUUUCGAAGAUUGAUCUAAAGAGUGGAUACCAUCAGAUUCGAAUUCGCCCAGUCAUGCCUUUUGGGCUAAGUAAUGUGCCAAGUACCUUUAUGCGGGUAAUGACACAAACUCUCCGACCUUUCAUGGGAAAGUUUCGUGUUGUCUACUUUGAUGAUAUCCUCAUCUAUAGUAAGUCUAAGGAGCAACACCUUGACCACCUCACACAAGUCUACUCUACCUUUCGUGCAACUAAUUUAUAUGCUAACGUCAAGAAGUGCUCUUUCUUCACCAAUACAGUCAUUUUUUUGGGUUUCAUUGUCUCCUCGAUAGGAGUAUCUGCUGAUCCUGCUGAGGUUCAGGCGAUUAUUGAUUGGCCUGAGCCUAAUGCUAUUCAUGACGUCAAAAGCUUUCAUCGCUUAGCUACAUUUUACCGUCGCUCUAUUAAGGGGUUUAGCACUAUUAUGGCGCCUAUCACGGAAUGCAUGAAGAAAGGAGAGUUUCGUUGGACACAAGAAGCGGCUAAGGCCUUUAAGUUAGUCAAGAAGCGAAUGACGAAGGCUCCUAUUAUGCACCUUCCCAGCUUUUCCAAAGUCUUUGAAGUUGAAUGUGAUGCCUCUGGGGUAGGUAUAGGCGGAGUCUUGAGUCAAGAUCGUCACCCGGUUGCCUAUUUCAGUGAGAAGCUAAAUGAAGCUAAACAGCGAUAUUCAACUUAUGAUAAGGAACUGUAUGCAGUGGUCCAGGCUUUGUGCUAUUGGCGCCACUAUUUGUUGCCCCAGGAAUUUGUCCUUUAUUCGGAUCACGAGGCCCUCCGUUACCUCAACUCCCAGAAAAGAAUAAGUUCUAGGCACGGUCGUUGGGUCGAACAUUUGCAAGCCUAUUCAUUUGUUUUAAAACACAAGAAGGGCAUGGAAAAUCAAGCAGCAGACGCAUUAAGUUGUCGUGUCUCUCUUUUGUCGAUCAUGAGUGUCAAGGUCAUCGGUUUUGAAAGACUUAAGGAGGAUUACGAAGCAUGUCCCGAUUUUAAAGAUAUCUUUCUUAAUUUACAGAAGGGACAAUCAGGCGCCACAGAUGGCUUCCGACUUGAGGAGGGUUAUCUCUUUAGAGCCAAUAAAUUGUGCAUCCCUCGAACUUCAGUGCGAGAUUUCAUUGUGUGGGAAAUUCAUGCGGGAGGGUUAGCCGGUCAUUUUGGACGUGAUAAGACUAUAGAGGAAGUUGAAUGUCAAUUCUAUUGGCCUAGCUUGAAGAAAGACGUGGCUAAGAUUGUUAGUACUUGUAACGCUUGUCAAUUGAGUAAGCAGAAGAAGCAGAACACAGGUCUAUACACCCCUCUCCCGGUCCCCAAUUGUCCUUGGCAAGAUGUUAGUAUGAAUUUUGUGUUAGGACUUCCACGUACCCCAAAGAAGCAUGAUUCUAUUUUUGUGGUUGUCGAUCGCUUCUCAAAGAUGGCUCAUUUUAUCCCCUGUAGCAAGACGUCGGAUGCGUCCAAGGUUGCCAUAUUAUUCUUUAAUAAAAUUGUCAAAUUGUAUGGGCUUCCCAAAACCAUCGUGUCUGAUAGGGACGUUCGUUUCACUAGGCAUUUUUGGAGAACUUUGUGGCAUAAGAUGGGUAUGAGUCCAUUUGAAGCCGUUCAUGGGUACAAGCCUAGGAAACCGUUAGAUCUCAUCCCUAGGUCCCCACAGGCUAGAGUGCCAAAGCGGCGUCUACAUAGACCCGCCUCCAAAUUGCAAGUUCGUAGUGCUGGUCCUUUUAAAAUUUUAAAGCAGGUUGGUCUAAAUGCAUAUAUUGUUGACAUUCCACCACACCUUGGUUACCACUCUACUUUCAAUGUUGAGGACCUUGUAGCUUAUAAAGGUCAUUUCAUUCUCUCAGAUGACCCUUUGUCACCUCUUUUUGUGGACCUUGAUCCUGAUUUUUUGGCCCCUUCUAACCCACUACCACCUCUUCCAGUACACAAAGAAAAAUUUGAUGCUAUUUUAGAUGAAGAAAUUGUGUUCACUAAUGAUGGAGAGAUUCAGCUCUUCCUUGUUCGUUGGGUUGGUCGACCAGAUUCUGACUGUGCAUGGAUCUCCAAUGAGGCACUACAGCAAUUGGAUCCAGAUUUAUUGGAGUUUUAUCGGAGUCAGCAAGAUCUUCCUUGGCCCAGAUCGCCUCCCGUCCACCCGAGGGGAGUUGGUGAGGACACCAGGUUCAGACCGCCACUUUCACAUUUCUACAGACGCCGGAAGAAGCUUGCCCAACCACUCAACUUAUGGUUGGGAGAUUGA